AUGAGUGAUACGGUACUCGAAGCUCUUGAAAUAAUUUCAUGGGGCGUGCGUGUCUUUUGGGAGCUUGCUAAUGUAUUUUUGCAAGCGAUGCGGCGCGCGGGAGUUACGCAAGGGUGCCCGGAGAACUCGUCUGACCGGCUUCAGAUCUGGGCCAGAGCCAUCUCUCCACUGAGUUAUCGUGCUAUCCUUUCUCUAACGAUUGCGAAUACGAGGGUAGUAGAGUAUAUGGACGUGUUUUGUAAGAGUUGCUCGAAUGAGGUCAGCCUCGGGCGUGAUCUUAUUCUGGGGAACGGCGAGGGUUACGUAAGCUUGGUUGUGCUAAGGUGGUUAAGGGUGGGAGUAGGCGGGGCAGUGAAAGGGCUGGGCGGGGCGGCGUGCUCGAUACCGCCCAUCACAUUUCACCACCGCUGCGACGCUUCUCGUGCGUCCUACUUCCACUGCAGGUUCGCUCUUGGCUCUUCAUUGUGUGCCAACAACCUCGAACAA